GCUGCUUAGAAGCUCAGCUAACUUAGCUACAGUAACUAUCUAUUGAUAUUGCCGAGAGUUACUUGAGAUAUAUAGUCAUAAAUAUCUUAGCACACAAGUAACAGGCAACCUUUCACUGCCACGCACGCACACACACCAACACAGUAUUGAUGGUAAUGCAUGCAAGGAAACAACCGAGACUCAAUGAUGGGUGUACUGAUCGAAGGGAUCCUCAGUCCUACCAGACCCUCAAAUACCGCCAUGAGAAAAUCCGAGACACAUCAGACUGUACUCCUCCAAACAAAAUCCUCAAGCGCUCUGACAGUCCAGACAGCAAACACAGUGACGGACACAGCAAAACUAAAGCACUCCAAGUACCCAGGCUUAGAGAAAAAGACGGCGGUACUAGUUCCUCUCCACAAGAAAUCUCCAACAAUCACAGUACCCAUCACAGCUCAGACUCUCAUCCAAACAAAACCUCAGAAAUGCUCCACGAGCCCGCCGACGACUGGUCCGAACACAUCAGUUCAUCAGGCAAAAAGUAUUACUAUAACUGCAGGACGGAGGUGUCUCAGUGGGAGAAGCCCAAAGAGUGGCUGGAGAGGGAGCAGCGGCAGAAAGAGGCUUCUAAAGCAGCGGUGCCGGUUAACAGUUUCCCCAAAGAUCGUGACUACAGACAGGAGGCUAUGCAGGCCUCUGCAGUCAGUGGCUUCAACACCAGCAAGUCCUGUCAGGCCGACAAGCCCUCAUCCAGCACUCCUGGGGGCGUGAACCCCGCGGGCACGCCGGCUUUAUCGCUGUCCUCCUCCACGGUGCCCGUAUCCCCCAUCCUUCAGUCUCCCACUCCCGCCACUCUGCUCCAGGACCCUGCCCUCCUCAGACAGCUGCUCCCUGCUUUGCACGCCACCCUGCAGAUGAACAACACCAGUGGGGACAUGGCCAAGAUCAACGAAGUCCUCACCGCUGCUGUCACACAAGCUUCCUUACAGUCUAUGCUUCAUAAACUUCUCACUGCUGGACCGUCCUCUCUGCUUUCCCAUGCUGCACAGCAGACCACACAAGCCCAACUUUCCAGUCAGUCUCCGAUGUCGUUAACGUCGGACGCCUCGUCACCAAGGUCGUAUGUGUCUCCUAGAGUCAGCACGCCUCAGACCAAUGCCAUCACGCAGAAACCUCUGCUAAGCACAGCCUCCAUCUCCUCCCAACCAAAGGUUAGUCCUUCAGUAGUGAAACCAGGCUCAGCUCUCCAGUCAUCCUCCACAAGCAGUGAGAGAGCCUCAGAACUGGAGGACCCACGGCUUCACAGACAAAAUAGUCAGGGCAGCCCGUCCUCGGGGCCUAACGGCACUGCUGUCAACACCAGCACAUCCGCCUCCAACUCCUCCCAGCCUCCAGCUGCUACACCCAGCAGAGCCUCAAGCACCUUCACCCCAUCCCUUGCUUUGCACUUCAACGAAAGCCUCAUCAGACACAUUCAAGGCUGGCCUUCAGACCAUGUGGAGAAACAGGCUUCACGCUUGCGUGAGGAUUUUCACAACAUGGGCACCCUGUACAUGUCCGAGAUCUGCACUGAAUUGAAAAACCUCAGAUCCUUAGUGCGCGUGUGUGAGAUCCAGGCCACGCUGAGAGAACAAAGGAUUCUGUUUUUGAGGCAACAGAUCAAGGAACUCGAUAAGAUGAAGAAUCAGAAUUCCUUCAUGGUUUGAGAACCGGAGCGUGUUUUGACUGAGAGCGUGUCAGGGGUUUGACAGAGAACAGUCCAGGUCCCUGCGUCUCCUGCCUGAACACUUUUACAGACCACGCACGGACCCACAGGCCUGAUGGCCUGAUUAACGCAGUCCCAUGAGGGAGAGCAGCUGGUAUUGGAGGUCAUCGAGGGUCCUCAGAAGUCUACUGAACUGAGCUCAGAGGCUGUAGAUUUGUUUAGGUGUUUUUGGUGUACAUACGUUUGUCUGUAGUCCAGCCGUGGAGCAUGCUCACUGAAGCUUUCUCCACCCCAGACGUAGUAGUGAUGAGACAGGUGCACUCUGACACUGCUCCUUAAAAAAAACAAACUAAAAAAAAAAAAAAAACAGGAUUUGGUGGGCAGAUCCGAGCCAUGCUGGGGAUGGAAGGCCGGAAGGCUUAGACACACACUCAGAAUGUCACGCGUCUGCCUCUGCUGAAAAAACUGGAGAUGACGAAUGACAAAGUGUCCGUUUCAUUAAAGAAAGGGCUAACACAGCUUGACUGUGUGGAGAAUCAAGCUGGACUUCACAGAGGAUGGGAUUCAGAUGAG